UUAUCAGGGUCAAGCCAGUCUGUGCGUGUGAGCGUGUCCGUGUUAUUGUUGUUUGUCACUCUACUGCUAUUGCUUAAUUUAACUGCGAUAAUAUUUUAUACCUACGUUAUUUGUGUAUAUAGUUUACCGUUGUACAAAAAAUACAUGAUCAAUUCCAAUGAAAAUUAUUGGAAAAUAAAAAAUUCGACUGCAAUCCGUUGUCCGGUGCACGUUCGAGUUAAUUGUACGUCGGACGGUCUGCGGACGAACGCUUUGGCCGAUUGUUUCGUUAUUGUUUCGCCGUCGGAACAGCGGUGCACCAUGGCCGGAUACAAUACGUGUUUGUAUAAAAUAAUCAGAAGCAGUUUGUCAUGAACAAGUCAUUAUCUGAGUCUGAUGCCAUUGAUAAAUCUCUUCAUGUUCCUGAAACUUCCCAAAUGGCCAAUGAUAAUGAGUUAAUAUUAUCUCCGAAAAAACAUCUGGUUUGCUUUGCUACCAUUAAAGGUGAUUGUUUGGUAACGAAAAACGGUGCCUCUUAUGCUGGGAUAAAAGAAUGUUUGCUCAGUGAACGAAUGGUUAACAAAAACGAACCAAUUGAAACUCAAAUCAUAGACUCUACAAUUCCUGAUCCUGAUAUUGACAGUGGAAUGGAAUCAUCAGCAUCUAGUUGGGAUAGAUCAGUUAAUGAAGUAAAAGAACAUGCAUUCGCUAGACUUGAAGAAGAAUUAAAAAAAGCUAAUGAAACUUUAAAACUCAGAGAUGAAGAAGUAACACGCUUAAGUAGAAUACGUGCAGAUGUUGAAUCAGAAUUAGAAGAACUAACAGCCAGUCUAUUUCAAGAAGCUCAUAACAUGGUAAAAGAAGCAAAUUUACGCCAGGCAGCUGCUACAAGAGCAUUAAAAGAGUCUUCAAUGAAGGUUGAUGUUUUAUCGGCUGAAGUGGCAGCAUUAAAAACUCUAGUACUAACUUCUACACCAAGUCAUCCAAAUCUAUCUAGAGAAGAUAGUAUUUCAAUGCCAGGAGGUUUAAGUGGAGUUGGACUAUUUUAUCGUAAACAUAAAAGAUCUCCAUCACAUAAUAAUCUUAAGUAUGGUAGAGAAAAUUCACCACCAGAUUCUCCAUUUAAACAAAAAUCUAAUCAAACAAUAAUAGGCACUGAAUCAUUAGAUGUGUUCAAUAGUGCUGAGGUAGAUCCAAACGUUCAUCGAGAAUUUGUACUAUGGAUGAAAUCUCCUACUUUGGACAAAUCAGAUGCUUUUAUAAGUAGAAUAUAUAGAGAAGAUAUAGAUCAAUGUUUAGAAUUUAACAAUUCUACUCUAGCAAUGGAUGUAAGACAUGCAAUAGAAUCUGGAAAUCUUUUUAUAGAGUCUAUGGAUAAGUCUAAGUCUCAUUUCCCAAAAAAAUGUGCUUUAAUGGAAUUACCAAUGUUAUGUCUCUAUCGAAUGAAUUUGGGAGGAGAAGAUGGUGAAUGCUUUUGUAUAUCUCGAAUUUGUCGAAAUAGAAUUACAGCUGUAUGUGAUUUCCUCAACUAUCUGAGAUACAUUCAAAGAGGCCUUGUCAAAAGUCAAGGAGUAAUAUCUACCAUUAAAAGUAUACUGUAUUAUUGUCAAGAUGGAUUAUUGGAUGUAAUCGGAUCAAUGUGAACAUCAAACUAUUCACAUAUUUCACAUUUAAAAAUAUAAAAAUGAUAUGUACUGGGAAAUUGUAAGACUGCGGAAACAAAUGAUGUUCGCUAAGUUGGGUUUAGCUUUAACAUAAUAAUAUUGUCA